GGCCUAAAGCUGCGGUUGCCGAGGGGGAGAUAAACAAGCGCCCUUCUUCUGGCUUCUAACAUUCCACCGCCCACUCUCUCUUUCUCUCUCUCUCUCCUGCCCCAUUUUCUUUGACAUUGACUCGUAUCUGUUCAAUCUGUUCAUAUCUUCGGUUUUAAUUCAUACAUACAUCAACCUUAUUCAAAACUUUAUUUAAUUUAUGCAUUCCUUCUUCAACCACCAUUUAUGUAAUCACCAUCUUCUUCUUCUUCUUCUUCAAUUUCAAAUAUAUUCUCAUCUCUCGUCCUAAAUUUAUUCACAACAUCAACAACAAGGAUUCUGGUUCUUCACAAAUCCCGCCAUUAUUCUUCCGUUUUCAUUGGUUUGUCCCCAGGAAACUUACCUACACAAGAGAUUAGAUUCUUCAUUUACUUGAAUUAUUACGGUUCAAGAAACGAAAAUGCCGAAGAAACUUGCAAUGAAGAAACCAGACCCAAGUUCGACCAAUGAAAACGCACACUACGUACCACACAAAGAACAGUUCGCGCGUAUCUCACCAAGAAGCCCGUUAAGCACACACACUCCCGACACUGAUUCAAUCGAUUUAAGCAUUGAAAUCGCCGGAAACUCUAUGGAUCAACUCUAUAACAACAUAUGCGAAAUGGAAAGCUCCGAUCAAUCUUCUUCAAGUUACAUAUCUUACAGUCAGGAAUCACGAAUUGAUUCCGAACUACGGUUCCUUGCUCGAGGUGAUUUUUCAAACGUCGGAGUAAAAACUGAGGAGAAAGAACAAUCGGAAUCCGUUGUAACAGAUGAUGACAACAAGAAAACGAAUCAGCCGAAUCAAUCGAAUCAAUCUCCGGUUGUUAAACCUUCAUCUCCGGCGAAAAUUCCGAAACCGAUUUCGAAAACAAAAUCUAAUACUUCUAGUAAGAAACUAGGGUUGAAAUCGAGUAUGAAGAAAAACGAAGAACCGAAAUACCUCGGGCCUUAUUUACUGAAACAAGCUCGUGAAUCAAUGUCGUCCGGUGAUGAUCCAAGAAAGGCGCUCGAUUUCGCUGUACGUGCGAUGAAAACGUUUGAAAGCAUCCAAUCGGAAAAACCAGAUCUAGAACUCGUCAUGUGUUUACACAUCGUCGCAGCGUUAUACUCUAUUUUAGGGGAAUUCGAUGAAGCGAUUCCGAUUGUCGAACGAUCAAUCGAGAUGACAAACAUGAACGAAGGCCAAAAACAUUCAUUAGCAAAAUUCGCAGGGUGUAUGCAAUUAGGAGAUACAUACGCGAUGCAAGGAAAAAUGGACACCUCGAUUCUCUGUUACACAGCAGGUUUAGAGAUUCAAAAACACGUUUUGGGGGGACACGAUGCCAGAUUUGGGGAAACAUGUAGGUACGUGGCAGAAGCCCAUAUCCAAGCUUUACAAUUCGACGAAGCCAAAAGGUUAUGUGAAAUGGCUUUACAAAUACAUGGAAGAAACGGGACGGCAGCUUCUUUACAAGAAGCCGCCGACCGCAGGCUGAUGGGUCUGAUCUGUGAUUCAAAGGGCGAUUACGAAACCGCCCUCGAACAUUACGUUCUGGCCCGUAUGUCCAUGUCAGUAGACGGACACGACGUCGAUGUGGCAACCAUCGAUGUCUGCAUCGGUGACGCGUAUCUAUCGUUAGCGCGUUACGACGACGCGAUAUUUUCCUAUCAGACAGCGUUAAAUGCUUUUAAGCUGACAAAAGGCGAGAAAAACCCUUCGGUUGGUUCGGUUUACGUCCGGUUGGCGGAUCUCUACAACAAAAUCGGGAAAUUCCGGGAGUCGAAAACGUACUGUGAACACGCUUUACGUAUUUAUAAACCGAUUAAGAAAAAGAAUCGAAAUGAAGAAAUCGCGAACGGGCUUAUUGAAGUAUCGGGGAUUUACGAGUCAAUGAACGAGCUUGACCGGGCUUUGGAGUUACUCAAAAAAGCAUUGAAAGUAUACGGGUCAGGUCCGGGUCAGCUGAGUAUUGUGGCUGGGGUCGAAGCACAGAUUGGAGUUUUGUGUUAUAUGAUGGGGAGUUAUGAGGAGUCGUAUCAUUAUUUCAAGAUUGCGAUUCAGAAGUAUCGAAAUGCGGGGGAGAAGAAAUCAGGUCUUUUUGGUUUUGUGUUGAAUCAAAUGGGACUUGCGUCCGUACAGAUUCAGUCGUUUGAAGAAGCGGCUGAAUAUUUUGAAGAAGCGAGAGGGAUUUUGGAGAGGGAGUAUGGACCUCAGCAUAUUGUUACGCUUGGGGUUUAUAGUAAUCUUGCUGGGACUUAUGAUGCAAUUGGAAGGUGGGAUGAUGCAAUUGAUAUAUUGGAAUAUGUUGUUGGGAUGAGAGAGGAGAAGCUUGGGACGGCGGAUCCGGAGGUUGACAAUGAGAAGCGGUGGCUGGCGGAGUUGUUGAAGGAAUCCGGGAGGAACAGGAGGAAGGGAUCUCGGUCAUUGGGAUUUCUUCUUGAUGGUUGACCAAUGGCUUUGGCUUUUUCUUUAUUUUAUUUAUGCAUUUGUAGAGGUAAUUGGAAACGUGUAUACUUGUAAAGUCAUAUAGAUUGUAUUUUUUUUUCUAUUAUAUUUCUUUUGAAUCUAAGGUAA